AUGGGUGUGCCUUGUAAGCCUAUCUUCCCCGGUGCAAAGUGGAAACUCCCUGCCACCUUGUUCACUUGCAUCUGUGAAGAAGGCAGGAGCAGGAGGGGAGGGGGUCGCAGGCAGAAGAGAGAGGCUGCAUGCAUAGGCGAGGAGAGGGCGUCGCGGACAAGGAGGGACAAGGAGUGCGGCACCGGGAGGAAGGAGGAUGAGUGGACAUCAGGUGGGUGCAAGCUCCCUGCUGGAAGCUCCCUGCUGGAAGCUCCCUGCUGGAAGCUCCGUGCUGGAAGCUCCCUGCUGGAAACUCCGUGCUGGAAGCUCCAUGCUGGAAGCUCCGUGCUGGAAGCUCCGUGCUGGAAGCUCCGUGCUGGAAGCUCCGUGCUGGAAGCUCCGAGCUGGAAGCUCCGUGCUGGAAGCUCCGUGCUGGAAGCUCCGUGCUGGAAGCUCCGUGCUGGAAGCUCCGUGCUGGAAGCUCCGUGCUGGAAGCUCCGUGCUGGAAGCUCCCUGCUGGAAGCUCCCUGCUGGAAGCUCCCUGCUGGAAGCUCCCUGCUAGAAGCUCCCUGCUGGAAGCUCCCUGCUGGAAGCUCCCUGCUGGAAGCUCCCUGCUGGAAGCUCCCUGCUGGGAGCUCCCUGCUGGAAGCUCCCUGCUGGAAGCUCCCUGUUGGAAGCUCCCUGCUGGAAGCUCCCUGCUGGAAGCUCCCUGCUGGAAGCUCCCUGCUGGAAGCUCCCUGCUGGAAGCUCCCUGCUGGAAGCUCCGUGCUGGAAGCUCCGUGCUGGAAGCUCCGUGCUGGAAGCUCCCUGCUGGAAGCUCCCUGCUGGAAGCUCCCUGCUGGAAGCUCCCUGCUGGAAGCUCCCUGCUGGAAGCUCCGUGCUGGAAGCUCCCUGCUGGAAACUCCGUGCUGGAAGCUCCAUGCUGGAAGCUCCGUGCUGGAAGCUCCGUGCUGGAAGCUCCGUGCUGGAAGCUCCGUGCUGGAAGCUCCGUGCUGGAAGCUCCGUGCUGGAAGCUCCGUGCUGGAAGCUCCGUGCUGGAAGCUCCGUGCUGGAAGCUCCGUGCUGGAAGCUCCAUGCUGGAAGCUCCGUGCUGGAAGCUCCGUGCUGGAAGCUCCCUGCUGGAAGCUCCCUGCUGGAAGCUCCCUGCUAGAAGCUCCCUGCUGGAAGCUCCCUGCUGGAAGCUCCCUGCUGGAAGCUCCCUGCUGGAAGCUCCCUGCUGGGAAGCUCCCUGCUGGAAGCUCCCUGCUGGAAGCUCCCUGUUGGAAGCUCCCUGCUGGAAGCUCCCUGCUGGAAGCUCCCUGCUGGAAGCUCCCUGCUGGAAGCUCCCUGCUGGAAGCUCCCUGCUGGAAGCUCCGUGCUGGAAGCUCCGUGCUGGAAGCUCCGUGCUGGAAGCUCCCUGCUGGAAGCUCCCUGCUGGAAGCUCCCUGCUGGAAGCUCCCUGCUGGAAGCUCCGUGCUGGAAGCUCCCUGCUGGAAGCUCCCUGCUGGAAGCUCCCUGCUGGAAGCUCCCUGCUGGAAGCUCCCUACUGGAAGCUCCCUGCUGGAAGCUCCCUGCUGGAAGCUCCCUGCUGGAAGCUCCCUGCUGGAAGCUCCCUGCUGGAAGCUCCCUGCUGGAAGCUCCCUGCUGGAAGCUCCCUGCUGGAAGCUCCCUGCUGGAAGCUCCCUGCUGGAAGCUCCCUGCUGGAAGCUCCCUGCUGGAAGCUCCCUGCUGGAAGCUCCGUGCUGGAAGCUCCGUGCUGGAAGCUCCCUGCUGGAAGCUCCCUGCUGGAAGCUCCCUGCUGGAAGCUCCUGCUGGAAGCUCCGUGCUGGAAGCUCCGUGCUGGAAGCUCCCUGCUGGAAGCUCCCUGCUGGAAGCUCCCUGCUGGAAGCUCCCUGCUGGAAGCUCCCUGCUGGAAGCUCCCUGCUGGAAGCUCCCUGCUGGAAGCUCCCUGCUGGAAGCUCCCUGCUGGAAGCUCCCUGCUGGAAGCUCCCUGCUGGGAGCUCCCUGCUGGAAGCUCCCUGCUGGAAGCUCCCUGUUGGAAGCUCCCUGCUGGAAGCUCCCUGCUGGAAGCUCCCUGCUGGAAGCUCCGUGCUGGAAGCUCCCUGCUGGAAGCUCCCUGCUGGAAGCUCCGUGCUGGAAGCUCCGUGCUGGAAGCUCCGUGCUGGAAGCUCCCUGCUGGAAGCUCCCUGCUGGAAGCUCCCUGCUGGAAGCUCCCUGCUGGAAGCUCCGUGCUGGAAGCUCCCUGCUGGAAGCUCCCUGCUGGAAGCUCCCUGCUGGAAGCUCCCUGCUGGAAGCUCCCUACUGGAAGCUCCCUGCUGGAAGCUCCCUGCUGGAAGCUCCCUGUGGAAGCUCCCUGCUGGAAGCUCCCUGCUGGAAGCUCCCUGCUGGAAGCUCCCUGCUGGAAGCUCCGUGCUGGAAGCUCCGUGCUGGAAGCUCCCUGCUGGAAGCUCCGUGCUGGAAGCUCCCUGCUGGAAGCUCCCUGCUGGAAGCUCCGUGCUGGAAGCUCCGUGCUGGAAGCUCCGUGCUGGAAGCUCCGUGCUGGAAGCUCCAUGCUGGAAGCUCCGUGCUGGAAGCUCCGUGCUGGAAGCUCCGUGCUGGAAGCUCCGUGCUGGAAGCUCCGUGCUGGAAGCUCCGUGCUGGAAGCUCCCUGCUGGAAGCUCCCUGCUGGAAGCUCCCUGCUGGAAGCUUCCUGCUGGAAGCUCCCUGCUGGAAGCUCCGUGCUGGAAGCUCCCUGCUGGAAGCUCCCUGCUGGAAGCUCCCUGCUGGAAGCUCCCUGCUGGAAGCUCCCUGCUGGAAGCUCCCUGCUGGAAGCUCCCUGCUGGAAGCUCGCUGCUGGAAGCUCCCUGCUGGAAGCUCCGUGCUGGAAGCUCCCACCUCCUUGGCACGACCUAUGCCGUCGCCACUCUUCCCUCCCUCCUUGCCACGACCUACGCGAGUGCAUCAUCCCCCCCCCCCCCCCCCUUCUUUUCUCCCGCCACCGCGCCUUCUCUGGCACCGCUUGCGCAUCCCGCCGCGACGCCUCGUUGCCGCCUCCUCCUCCCUCCGCCGCGACACCCCGUCGUCGCCUGCCUCUCCCGCUGCCGCGACGUCGCGUCGCCGCCUCCCCCUACCGCCGCCGCGCUUACUUCGGCGUCGCCCGCGCAUCCCUCUGCCGCGACACCCCGUCGUCGCCUGCCCCUCCCGCUGCCGCGACGUCGCGUCGCCGCCUCCCCCUACCGCCGCGGCGCCUUCCUCGGCGCCGCCUGCGCAUCCCUCCGCCGCGACACCCCGUCGUCGCCUGCCCCUCCCACUGCCGCGACGUCACGUCGCCGCCUCCCCCUACCGCCGCCGCGCCUUCCCCGGCACCACCUGCGCAUCCCGCCGUCGCGACGCCCCAUCGUCGCCUCCCGUCCUGCCGCCGCGACUUCGCCGCUCCAGGAUGCAGCCGAUGCCGCAUUCCUCCACGAUCGCCGCGAAUACCUCAUCCGCAAGGCGGAGCAUGAGGUUGCGGUACACAACCACGACUUCGCGGUAGCGGAACGCGCCAAUCGCCUGGCGCUCCUUGAUGAAUACAAUACGGCCAUGGCGGACUACCUCCCUCGGAGCAUCGCGUGGGCCACUGCUGACAACCGCGCCUGCACCAUCCUCCUCGGCGCACUCCCUGGUACCCUCAUGCGCCGUUUCCAAGCUCGCGAGAUGCGCGCCUCCCUCAUCUGGGCCGAGCUCCAGGCGAUGUUCGAGCGUCGCGACAUCAGCUCUGUCGGCGCUCUGUUCCAGGAGUACUUCUCCAUCACCCUCGCCACUUGUGAUGGCGCAGUUGACUACGUGGGGCGCAUGCAGGAGGUCGCUGAUCGCCUUGCGGCACGCCAAGCUGCCCUCCCUGAGCCUCUGCAAAUCCACCGCCUCCUCUACAACCUCACCCCGGACUACGAGUCCCGCCUCCAUGCCUUCACCGAGGCCAACCCCAUGGCCGGCCUCGACGAUGUGGUCCAGUGGAUCAUUGACACGGAAGUCAAGCUUCGUACCCCCGUUGUCAACCUUACCACCCCUCAGUCCUCCUCCUCCACCUCCCUUAACGCUACGCAGCCGCGCAACCAGGGUGGUCGCAGCGGCGGCGGCGGAAGCCGUGGUGGUGGCGGUGGUGGUGGAGGCCGUGGUGGUGGCGGUGGUGGUAGUGGUGGCCGUGGUGGCCGUGGUGCCGGUGGAGGUAGUGCUGGCAGCGCCCCUGCUGGAGGACCUUCCGGUUCUGGUGGUGCUGUGACUCGAGGCGGACGCCCUGGCACUCUCCCCCCAUGCACAUAUGUGCGCCGCCAUGGUCCCCAUGCUGGUACCCCUUGCGGCCAAACCAACCAUCCCCCCACCACGUGCUUUAAGGCACUCGACGACGCCUGGUUUGAUCGAGGCAACACUGGCACCCCUCCUCGCUGGAACUCGAUCGCACCUCGCCCCACCUUAGUGGAUAUUCAAACCCUCCCCUCUUUCCUCCCUACUCACCUCCGCAUGGUCACCCCCUCCCCACCCUCACAGCUGCAGCAGACGCAGCGUCCUCUGAGCGUCUUUCGCAUCAUAGCUGGAAGCUCCCUGCUGGAAGCUCCCUGCUGGAAGCUCCCUGCUGGAAGCUCCCUGCUGGAAGCUCCUUGCUGGAAGCUCCCUGCUGGAAGCUCCCUGCUGGAAGCUCCCUGCUGGAAGCUCCCUGCUGGAAGCUCCCUGCUGGAAGCUCCCUGCUGGAAGCUCCCUGCUGGAAGCUCCCUGCUGGAAGCUCCCUGCUGGAAGCUCCCUGCUGGAAGCUCCCUGCUGGAAGCUCCCUGCUGGAAGCUCCCUGCUGGAAGCUCCCUGCUGGAAGCUCCCUGCUGGAAGCUCCGUGCUGGAAGCUCCCUGCUGGAAGCUCCCUGCUGGAAGCUCCCUGCUGGAAGCUCCCUGCUGGAAGCUCCCUGCUGGAAGCUCCCUGCUGGAAGCUCCCUGCUGGAAGCUCCCUGCUGGAAGCUCCCUGCUGGAAGCUCCCUGCUGGAAGCUCCCUGCUGGAAGCUCCCUGCUGGAAGCUCCCUGCUGGAAGCUCCGUGCUGGAAGCUCCGUGCUGGAAGCUCCGUGCUGGAAGCUCCCUGCUGGAAGAUCCCUGCUGGAAGCUCCCUGCUGGAAGCUCCCUGCUGGAAGCUCCCUGCUGGAAGCUCCCAGCUGGAAGCUCCCUGCUGGAAGCUCCCUGCUGGAAGCUCCCUGCUGGAAGCUCCCUGCUGGAAGCUCCCUGCUGAGCUCCCUGCUGGAAGCUCCCUGCUGGAAGCUCCCUGCUGGAAGCUCCCUGCUGGAAGCUCCCUGCUGGAAGCUCCCUGCUGGAAGCUCCCUGCUGGAAGCAACCUGCUGGAAGCUCCCUGCUGGAAGCUCCCUGCUGGAAGCUCCCUGCUGGAAGCUCCCUGCUGGAAGCUCCCUGCUGGAAGCUCCCUGCUGGAAGCUCCCUGCUGGAAGCUCCCUGCUGGAAGCUCCCUGCUGGAAGCUCCCUGCUGGAAGCUCCCUGCUGGAAGCUCCCCGCUGGAAGCUCCCCGCUGGAAGCUCCCCGCUGGAAGCUCCCUGCUGGAAGCUCCGUGCUGGAAGCUCCGUGCUGGAAGCUCCGUGCUGGAAGCUCCGUGCUGGAAGCUCCCUGCUGGAAGCUCCCUGCUGGAAGCUCCCUGCUGGAAGCUCCCUGCUGGAAGCUCCCUGCUGGAAGCUCCCAGCUGGAAGCUCCCUGCUGGAAGCUCCCUGCUGGAAGCUCCCUGCUGGAAGCUCCCUGCUGGAAGCUCCCUGCUGAGCUCCCUGCUGGAAGCUCCCUGCUGGAAGCUCCCUGCUGGAAGCUCCCUGCUGGAAGCUCCCUGCUGGAAGCUCCCUGCUGGAAGCUCCCUGCUGGAAGCUCCCUGCUGGAAGCUCCCUGCUGGAAGCUCCCUGCUGGAAGCUCCCUGCUGGAAGCUCCCUGCUGGAAGCUCCCUGCUGGAAGCUCCCUGCUGGAAGCUCCCUGCUGGAAGCUCCCUGCUGGAGGCCCCCGGUGGAAAGCUCCCUGCUGGAAGCUCCCUGCUGGAAGCUCCCCGCUGGAAGCUCCCCGCUGGAAGCUCCCCGCUGGAAGCUCCCCGCUGGAAGCUCCCCGCUGGAAGCUCCCUGCUGGAAGCUCCCUGCUGGAAGCUCCCUGCUGGAAGCUCCCUGCUGGAAGCUCCCUGCUGGAAGCUCCCUGCUGGAAGCUCCCUGCUGGAAGCUCCCUGCUGGAAGCUCCCUGCUGGAAGCUCCCUGCUGGAAGCUCCCUGCUGGAAGCUCCCUGCUGGAAGCUCCCUGCUGGAAGCUCCCUGCUGGAAGCUCCGUGCUGGAAGCUCCUUGCUGGAAGCUCCCUGCUGGAAGCUCCCUGCUGGAAGCUCCCUGCUGGAAGCUCCCUGCUGGAAGCUCCCUGCUGGAAGCUCCCUGCUGGAAGCUCCCUGCUGGAAGCUCCCUGCUGGAAGCUCCGUGCUGGAAGCUCCGUGCUGGAAGCUCCCUGCUGGAAGCUCCCUGCUGGAAGCUCCCUGCUGGAAGCUCCCUGCUGGAAGCUCCCUGCUGGAAGCUCCCUGCUGGAAGCUCCCUGCUGGAAGCUCCCUGCUGGAAGCUCCCUGCUGGAAGCUCCCUGCUGGAAGCUCCCUGCUGGGAGCUCCCUGCUGGAAGCUCCCUGUUGGAAGCUCCGUGCUGGAAGCUCCCUGCUGGAAGCUCCGUGCUGGAAGCUCCCUGCUGGAAGCUCCCUGCUGGAAGCUCCCUGCUGAGCUCCCUGCUGGAAGCUCCCUGCUGGAAGCUCCCUGCUGGAAGCUCCCUGCUGGAAGCUCCCUGCUGGAAGCUCCCUGCUGGAAGCUCCCUGCUGGAAGCUCCCUGCUGGAAGCUCCCUGCUGGAAGCUCCCUGCUGGAAGCUCCCUGCUGGAAGCUCCCUGCUGGAAGCUCCCUGCUGGAAGCUCCCUGCUGGAAGCUCCCUGCUGGAAGCUCCCCGCUGGAAGCUCCCCGCUGGAAGCUCCCCGCUGGAAGCUCCCCGCUGGAAGCUCCCCGCUGGAAGCUCCGUGCUGGAAGCUCCGUGCUGGAAGCUCCCUGCUGGAAGCUCCCUGCUGGAAGCUCCCUGCUGGAAGCUCCCUGCUGGAAGCUCCCUGCUGGAAGCUCCCUGCUGGAAGCUCCCUGCUGGAAGCUCCCUGCUGGAAGCUCCCUGCUGGAAGCUCCCUGCUGGAAGCUCCCUGCUGGAAGCUCCGUGCUGGAAGCUCCUUGCUGGAAGCUCCCUGCUGGAAGCUCCCUGCUGGAAGCUCCCUGCUGGAAGCUCCCUGCUGGAAGCUCCCUGCUGGAAGCUCCCUGCUGGAAGCUCCCUGCUGGAAGCUCCCUGCUGGAAGCUCCGUGCUGGAAGCUCCGUGCUGGAAGCUCCCUGCUGGAAGCUCCCUGCUGGAAGCUCCCUGCUGGAAGCUCCCUGCUGGAAGCUCCCUGCUGGAAGCUCCCUGCUGGAAGCUCCCUGCUGGAAGCUCCCUGCUGGAAGCUCCCUGCUGGAAGCUCCCUGCUGGAAGCUCCCUGCUGGAAGCUCCCUGCUGGGAGCUCCCUGCUGGAAGCUCCCUGUUGGAAGCUCCGUGCUGGAAGCUCCCUGCUGGAAGCUCCGUGCUGGAAGCUCCCUGCUGGAAGCUCCCUGCUGGAAGCUCCCUGCUGGAAGCUCCCUGCUGGAAGCUCCCUGCUGGAAGCUCCGUGCUGGAAGCUCCCUGCUGGAAGCUCCGUGCUGGAAGCUCCGUGCUGGAAGCUCCCUGCUGGAAGCUCCCUGCUGGAAGCUCUUACAAAGAAGGAUUGUUCCAGCGUGGGCAUUGGGCUGGCCUGGAACAAUCUAAUCCAAACAGCUGGGAUCUCAGCCAUUCAUGUUGCCCCUCUAGGAAGCCAUACAUGUUGCACACCCCUCCUUACCUGCAAUCAGCAGAGCAGCAGCCCAUCGCACACGCUUCACCCUACAGCCUUGAACCUCGUAAACCUCUCACCUCCAAAGAGCCGCACAUGUUGCACCCUUCGCCUUCCUGUGCCUUGAUGGUCUCGGUGAAGCCCUCCUUCUAG